AUGCGCCGCGAGAUGCGCGAGGGCCACUUCGAUGAGAGUGGCUUCUAUGUGCUCAACAAGGUGGGGUGGAUGCACACCAACCCCCGUUGGCCAUUCAACGAAAACACCCAACGGUCCGCGUCCGCUCCCUUCGUCCGCGCCCAGGACGAGGAGAAGAAGGUGACCGACGCCUGGCUGGACACCGUGGAUCAGGCCGAGCGCACGGCGACCUUCAAGGCCGCGGAGAAGCAGAACAAGGCCUCCAAUGCAGCAGCCAACAGGCUGAACGCCAUGGCGAAGAAUCUGGGGCCGGACUCCGAAGGCGAGGAAGACGAGGAUGACAAGGAUGACAAAGAUGAAAAGGACGAGGAAGAGGAGAAGGAAAAAGCCAAAGAGGCUGCCAAGGAGGAGGAGGAGCCGGAGGAAGAUAAGGAAGCAGAAGAACGCAACAUCAUCAACAUGCUCGAGGAGCUCAUCGUGUUCCUUCAGCCCUUAGAGACGCCGGCCAUGGCGCUGGGGCGGAUCCGCCGCGGCGGCACGCCCAAGGCGCCCAGCGACCAGCUGAAGACUCGCGCGCGCCUGCGCCAAGCACGCGCGGGCGCGCGGGCGGGCGGCGCGGGCUCCCAAGCACAGGCAGGCACGGGCACUGGAGGAUGGGGACUGUGA